AUGGAUCACUUCACUCCUAACACAAAAAGAUUUUCACAGGUGAAGGAGUGGAUUUUCAGACUGACCGGCUUCCUUUGCAGCCUCUUAUCUUCAGGAUUUGGAAUAAUCCUCGCAAGCAGUCGAUACUGGCGCCUUUGGGAAUUCAACAGUAAGGUUGUUCAGUUGGUGUACUUCGGACUCUGGGAAGCUUAUUACCAUCAGGAGUUUAACAUCUCUGGUUCUGUGACCAGGAUUCUGGUGCAUAGCCCUAUCAACGCGACCUGGACCAUUUCACCCGAAUUUCGAUGUGCACAGAGCUUGAUCUUACUGGCUAUGUUGAUAAAACCUGUUGUGUUGAUUUUUAGCUCAGCAAUCAUUAAGGUCCGAAUUAUCAAAGCUUCAGUCCCUGAUAUUGAGAUACUCUGCUACAAGUUCUGUGUCUUAAUUCUGGUUCUCAGCAGCCUUUGUACAGUUCUUUCUGUGACCUGGAACCAUGUAACAGAUCUUUAUGGCAAAACCACUCUUGAUUUUCCAGCCACCUUUCCUGUUAACAAAGUAGCCCUUAUGAAGAAACAUCACACUCAUGUGUUCUCCCUAGGGGUCAUGACAACCGCUCUGUCACUCCUUGCUAUAAUUAUGUUCCUCUUUGAAAUAAGGUCAUUGAAACUACAGAGUAACCCAAAUGUCCAGCAUGUUUCCAAACAGGCUGAUCAAAAGAUCUGA